GGAUAAAACUAACACCAAAAGUUAGAACUUAGAACCCUGUUUGGGUAAAGGAAUUUUCGAACCACAUAUAAUUCAUUCGGGGGCUACAAUACAAUCCAAUCUCCUAAACCUUGCCUCCCUACAGCACCAAUUGCAGGAGCUGUUUGUUACCAUUGGCAACAUGAGUUCCACAUAACCCUGCUCAAUUAAGUGUCCCAGUUUCAUAAAUUUUCAGUACAUUUUAGUCAGUAGCAUACUUUACUUUUGAAUACCGAAAAAAUUCAUUAUAUUUUUGAAUCUUCCUUCGGGAUCGGGCAGCAUAACUUAAAGAUUGGGAGUUGCAUAAAAGUAAAGUCGAGAAUGCCUCUCAUUCUAUCUUCUUCCUUCAUGACACCUUGCUUUUAUGUUAAUAAUGUCAAGGCACCCCGCCUUCUAAUCCCGCGAACAUCAUUAUCACAUCCGUGUUACAAAUCUACCCACUGCAACAUUCUUCAAAAACACUUAUUUGCUAAUAAGCACAGAUCAACAACGAUUCUAAAACAUAAGUCACGCUUGGAAUUUAAAACAAGAGAAUCAUUAAACUCCAACUACGAGCUCGCUAGUGAUGAAAACGUUACGGAAGAUGAGUGGAUGGAUCAAGAUGUUGAUGAAUUAGAUUCACCUUGGGAAGGGGCAAUUUUGUACCAAAGAAACCCUUCAAUCUCUCACCUUGAGUAUUGCACAACCUUAGAAAGAUUGGGAUUAGGACAACUUUCAACCGAAGUUUCAAAAUCUCGGGCCUCUUUGAUGGGCUUACGCGUCACAAAGUCUGUUAAGGAUUUUCCACACGGAACACCUGUCUUGAUAUCCAUCGAUGUAACCCGGAAGAAACAGAACUUGAAGCUUGAUGGGAUCAUACGCACGGUCAUAACCCUUGGGUGCAAUAGGUGCGGUGGACCGGCUGCUGAUUGCGUGUUUUCCAAUUUCUCGCUUGUACUAACCGAAGAGCCUAUACAAGAACCGGAAAUCAUAAAUAUGGGAGUAAUUUAUGGCCAAAGUGAACAAGGAGAUGAUGACGAUGAGUCUGUUGACUUAGAUGACUGGCUGUAUUUCCCACCCGAAGAGAAAUCGAUAGAUAUAUCCAAGAAUAUAAGAGAUAUGGUUCAUCUGGAAAUAAAGAUCAAUGCUAUAUGUGACCCAAUGUGCAAAGGUUUGUGUCUAAAUUGUGGUCAAAAUCUCAAUAAUAGUAGCUGUAAUUGUAGUCAACAGGGGUCAAAUUCAAAAAGUUAUGGGCCUCUUGGAGGUCUGAAAGAGAAAUUGCAACAAUAGGGCUGCCAAAUAUUUUUAAAUUUUGUUUUAUUUGUAUGCUUGUAAGAAUUUUGUGAACUUUAGUUGUUGAUAUGUAAAUGGAGAGUGCACGUAUUGUAUGGGGAAUGAUCUUUCCUCUAUAUACUCUCAUAUACACUA